AUGGAAUCGCUCUCCUGUAUCCUUCCGUCCGAUAUCAUGGUGAAAAUCCUUGCUUCCUUACCGGCCCGGUCUCUCGUCCGGUUCCGCUGCGUCUCCAAGUCGUGGCGUUCGCUCUUGUCUGAGCCAUACUUCUUGACAAUGUGGAUGAAUCGCAGCGGGACUACCCUCCUGGUGGUCCCGCUGGAAUGGGGAAAUCGCGAUCAAUGCUCCUUAGUGUUUGAAAACGUGUCCAUAGGAGUGAAGAAAUUGAAGCUGCCAUUUGGGAACAGAUGGUUCUCCUUAUCCGUGGUUGGUUCAUCCGGCGACGGCGCUCUAAUAUGCUUGACCGGGCUUUCGUACGUACGCCGUCACGAGAGCAAGCAAGCGGUUAUCCUGUGGAGCCCGUACACGGGCAAAAUCAAGGCCCUUGGCAACGAGGGUUGCGUCCAAUGCCGUCGGUGGCCCGUUUGCACCGAAUCUCUAGUUCAGGGCUACAAUUCGGCAUGCUGCAAUCGAUAUGUCGUCCAUGGUUUCGGGUACGAGCCGAAUGCCCGGGACUACAAGGUCGUGAGGAUUACUUAUUCGUACGGCGAUGUGAGACAAGUUUAUUCUCUGGUAAGGUCAUGGCAUGUCGAGGUUUAUAGCCUAGGCAGGGACACAUGGAAGAGCCUGGGCAGGCCCAAUUUCACCUGGACGGUUCGUGGCAAUUCGCGGGCAUUUGUCAAUGGUUCCGUGCAUUGGCUCGCGGCGCCUUAUGCGAACGCGUGUUACAGCUCGAUCGUGGCCUUCAAUAUGAAGGAGGAAUCAUUUGGAGAUUUCAUCUGGCUGCCCCGAUCGGACGAUCUCUUGCAAUUCUCUCUGAACCCAAGAGGCAACGCGACACUCUCGGUAUCAUGCGGUUCACUGGCUCUGAUUGCUUUCGGCAAAUGGAACCGAGAGGAAUGCGGCAUUUGGGUGAUGAAGGAGUACGGUGUGGCUGAGUCGUGGACCAAGCAGCAUCACAUUGUGCUACCGAUGGGGCCGGUCCGAGCGGUGUUGGGACUCACCGGGCGUGGCAAGAUGUUGCUACGCAUGGUGGAUGAGAAGUUGGUGUGUUGCGAUGUUGAGGAUAAGCAGAUGAAUGAGGUUGGAAUCCAGGGAGGCAGCCCUGAUUCAUCUUUUGAUGUAAUUGAUCUGGGAGGAGCAGAUCCUACUCUCAGGAACCAAGCCGGGGGACGUUCAAUGUUGACCAUAACCAACCUCCAAUAA